GUGUCUGCGUGCGGCGGGCGGGACGCGGGCUGGGGCAUGGAGCGGUGGGUCGGGGCUGCCGGGGGCUGGGGCUCCCUGUGGGGAGCCGGCUGGGGCCGCUGGCUGGGAUGGGAGCUAUUGGCCGCCUGCGCGGUCAUCGGCGCCGUGGGCUGGCUGCUGCGGCUGCUGGAGAGGAGGUCGGGCGGCCGCGGGGCGCCGGCGGCGGCCAUCUCCUCCCCGGCGCCCCUCUCCUCCCCGGCGCCGCUCUCUGCGGGGAGCCGGCGCUGCAGCGGGAGCCGCCCAGGUGGAAUAACAAUGGAUGCAAUAUUAUCCCGAUUGAAGCAGCUGUCCUCUGAUGAGCUUAGAGAAGAAAUUGUAAGAGCAGGACUGAAAUGUGGGCCCAUUACCUCGACUACUAGGUUUAUUUUUGAAAAAAAAUUGGCUCAGGCAUUGUUGGAGCAGCAAGGAGUGUUGGAGGAAAGAGGAUCUGCUCUGUCAGAGGAGGCUGCUGGACAUGUCCCAUCUGAUAGCAGCCGACCAGAAGCACAAAAGGCUUUGAAAACUACAGCAGUGAAUCACAACGGUCAUGGAAGUGUUUCUGAAGAGGUAGACUUUGGGUACUGCAUAGGUCUGAACCCUCCAGAAGAAGAUGCUGUGAUGCAUAUGAACUGUUCAGCUCCAGUCUGCGGAGCAGGAUGUGUUGAUUCACAAAUUAGUACUCAGACACCCUCCAGAGAUCCUCCACUGUUCUAUGGUGUUUGUCCAGUUUAUGAUGACAUAUUGGCAAGGAAUGAAAGAAUACAUGUUUACGAAGAUAAAAAGGAAGCCCUCCAAGCUGUUAAGAUGAUUAAGGGUUCCCGUUUUAAAGCCUUUUCGAACAGAGAGGAUGCUGAGAAAUUUGCUAAAGGAAUCUGUGAUUAUUUCCCAUCUCCAAGCAAGUCCUCUUUAUGUUUGUCUCCAGUGAAAAUGGGAUCGUUUAACAGAGAUGGCUUAUGUUCCUCUGAGACUGAAACUGCUAAUAAGGAGAGAGCCAACAGUUAUAAAAGUCCACGUACUCAAGAUCUUACUGCUAAACUUCGGAAAGCUGUCGAGAAAGGAGAUACAGCAACGUUUUCAGAACUUAUUUGGAGUAACCCUCGCUAUCUAAUUGGGUCAGGAGACAAUCCAACAGUUGUACAGGAAGGGUGUAGGUACAAUGUCAUGCAUGUUGCUGCCAAGGAGAAUCAACCUAGUAUCUGCCAGUUAUUACUGGACACUUUGGAAAAUCCUGAAUUUAUGCGGCUUAUGUAUCCAGAUGAUAAUGAUAUAAUGUUGAAAAAUCGCAUCCAGUAUAUUGUUGACCUUUACCUUAAUACACCAGAUAAAAUGGGAUUUGAUACUCCAUUGCAUUUUGCCUGCAAGUUUGGGAAUUUGGACGUUGUUAAUGUGCUUACCUCACACCCAGCUAUUGUGAAAAAUCCGAGAAACAAAUAUGAUCAAACUCCAGCAGAAGUAGUUUGUGAAAGAAGCAAGAAUAAAUCUGCAGAAUUGAAAGAAAAACUAAGAGAGUACUUGAAAGGUCGAUACUAUGUACCACUUUUGAGAGCAGAAGACAAUUCCUCAGCUCCUGUAAUUGGUGUGCCAUGGUCACCCGAUCAGACAGACGAUAGCCCUCAAAGAACUUUAUCUAAAUACACUGGCAGCCCCAAAGAUCCAGUGUUGUCAAUAAGAGCUUUUGCAGGCCCCAUGAGCCCCUCGAAGGCCGAAGAAUUCCGCAGGCUUUGGAAGACUCCACCUCGAGAGCGAGCCGGCUUCUUUCACAAUGUCAGGAAAUCUGAUUUGGAGAGAGGUGUUGAAAGAGUUGGAAGGGAGUUAGCUCAUGAACUGGGGUUCCCGUGGGUUGAAUACUGGGAAUUUCUGGGCUGUUUUGUUGAUCUGUCUUCCCAGGAGGGGUUGCGAAAAUUAGAAGAGUACCUGAGUCAUCGGGAAAUGAGCGAAAAGGCUCAGGAAGAAACAGGGGAAAAUGAAACCUGCAAUAGAUAUAAAACUCCACAUCCUUCUGGUAAGAGUAAAAAGUGCUGCAAUUCUAUUUCUGUUGGAGCAUUUUUGGAUGAGGAUGACGAUGAUAUGAGCUUAGAAGAAAUUAAAAACAGACAAAAUGCAGCACGGAAUAUCAGCCAACCUAUUGUGUCCAAAGAACCUAGCAUUGAUGCUAUAGGGGACGGCGAGUGUGAUAUCUUGUCAAUGGAGCGUGCAGUAAACAUUAUAGAAACAUCGGAUCGCCCCAGGCACUAUGAAAAGUUGGCUUCCAGCAAAAAUGGAUUUUGUAAUCCUGUGUCCAGUGAAAUGAUAAUUAGUGACAGAAGGCAUUUGCAUGACGGAGAACAAUGCCUCAUAUCGCCCGUUUCCAAUUUAAUGUCAGAAUUUGAAAGCCUGUCGUUCCAAGAACAAGAGGUUGCAGGAGAAUCAAAUAAAAUCACUGAAAAAACUGAGAAUGAGAGGAUUCUGGCUGAAGGAACAAGGCAGGUGAGACCACCCAAGGACCAUCUGGAUAAGACCUGCUAUGCGGUUCCACUGGCAAGUUCUUCUGAGCCAAGUGUUACAGGUAAACCUGGAGAGACCAAGUUAAGGACAGAACACAAAGUGCCAUCAGCAAAAGAGAGACUGUCCAUGGAAUCUGCAGUUCAGACUAAUGAGGCACAACAACGUCAAGAACUUUCUUCCCAGAAAUUUCUUUUGAAGGCUUCACCCACAAAUGACAAUUCUAAGAAGUUAUUCCUGCUUGGGGAGCAGCCCUCCAAGCUGGAUAGUGAUGUCUUAGCAGCUAUAGAAGCAGUAGAGAUUGAUCCACAGAAAUACCCGAUUAUUUACAAGUGGAAACAUGCGGUGCAGUCAUACUCUUCAUCUGACAGGCAAAGUUGGCCAAGUCCAGCGCUGAAGGCAAAAUUCAAGUCCCAAACCAUCGCUGCUGGCCUUCCAAAUGCUUCAGUGUAUUCUACUUCAGGAAGAAACAGUCCCAUAACAGGAAGUCCAGGGAAAUACGGCAAUGCUCCCUCAUUCUCUCCAGACCCCGGGAGUCCUGGGCGCUACAGUCCAGCUUGUGUCAACCACGCUCUGUUAAAACUGCGUUAUUUUUCAGAGCCUCCUGCCCACUAAAAUACGAUUUCUCUUCCUGAGACUGUGAUUAUAUUUUCAUUGAUAGAGUGGAGGAAAAAGCUACGAUGUUACUAAAGUGACAUGAGGUUUGUACUUGGCUAUUUAUUUUUCCUCAAUUGAGGACAACUGUAUGUUAAAAAAAAAAAAUUGAAUAUAUGUCUUUAUGCCAUAUACGAGAUAGAUUACUGGUGAUAUGCAAGGAGUUAGUGACAGUCAGUGCAGUUGUCCAGUAGCUAUGAAUUAACCCCUGUUGCCAGUAAAGCAGUGAGCUGAACCUUCACUUAGAAGUGGUGGCAUUGCACGAUCACCAGUGUCAUUGUUGUACUGAACCCCUUAGCCCUCAACUGCAUUUCUUUUGCUUGGAUUGUCUGGAGGAAGCACAUCAUCAGCAACCAGAAACCUGAGGAGAGGAAACUGAUGCAAGAAGUCAAAUGUUCUUCCACUUGCAGGGGAAUGCUCGAAGUGAAAAGCCUGAAACAAAGCCUGGGUAGUACCGAGUAUGAAUGUGAAACCCUGUGCGUAAACAGAAAGUAAGUGCUUGGAGCCAGCAGUUUGGUCUAGGCAGUUGAAUACACACGCGCGCACACGCACACACACUUCUUCUAUAUGUGUGUACGUAUGCACAUGUUUACACAGAAAACCUUGAGUCAUUGCUUGUUCUGAGGCUGUUAAAAACACCGUGAUCUACUGUUUUACUAAAGGGGCACUAUAGAAAUUACUGGUAUGCCUUUAAAUGUUAGUUUGAAAAUUAAAAAAGAAAAUCUAAAAAUUAGCUGGUUUGUUUCCCACAGAGGCUUUUAACAUUAGCAGAUUUUAAUAGUUAUUACACAAAAACACAUCAGCAAUAAUUUCAGCGAAUUUACCAGCAACAUACCUUAAUGGUCUAGUUUGUAAUAUAUUAGAGCGGGAGCCAGUGACCCAUGAUGUGGCUCCUGAAAAGAGAGAGGAAUAAGGACUAAAAAUAUUUUUAUUGCAAUCUAAGCUUUUACUAUGUCUCUGGUCUUGCUGUGGUAACGAGUUUUUGUUACAGCACUGAAUAAUUUUAUUCUUUAGCCUUCCGUAAGAAUGACUUGUUUCGACAGUAGGAUGCUGAGAUUGAAGAACGCUUUUCAAAACGCAAGACGGUUUUCCAUAUCAAGUUAGUUAAUGGUUGUAACGUUGCUUGAAAGAAGGCUUCCAGAAACAGAGCUCUCUAGUGUUGAUAGCUUUCUAGUAAGAAGGAAAACCUAGCUAUUGUUACAACGUAAAUCUGAUCAGAAAAUUAACUCUGCCAAGGCUGUGCUGGUAAAAGGGGACGGAUUUGGAUUCACUGGUGCCACGCAGUGAGUGAGAAAGCGCGGAAGGGCCGUGGCGGGCUGCAGGCUGUGGGCAGGGCAGCAGGGACCCCGGUGGAGGCAGGAUGGUGCAGUGCGGGGGCGGGCCACCUGCAGCUCUCCCCACACAGAGCCUGGGUUUAGGAAUCCAGUGCGGGAAGGGUUUGGUGGCUGUUGCACACCGCAGAGGGACUGUUACACACACACACACACACAAACUGUACACCCAUCAGUAGGGUCAUCAUUUGGUACAAACCUAAAAAACACUGCACUUAAUGCUUUUGCAAGCUUAAUAGUGCCUUUUGUAACAUAUUUAAUUAAAUUUUUGUUCUUUUAGAAGUUUUAAAGAAAGUGGCAUCCACUUACUAUGGGCACAUAAAAUACAGUUUUUCUUCUGGGCUUUCUGAACGGACCGUAUUUUUAAUGUCUCUUUCUAAGUUUGAUUAUUUGGUGCGAUAGCUCUCCACUGUGGGAGAGCAUUCCUAGUUUAGAAAUUAUUCUAAAAGAAGGCUUAUUUAGCUAUUUCUUUAUAAUUAAGCCUAUUUCCAGUGAGCUGGACACCAUGAAGAGCUGCUUUACACAAAUGACUGUCAUUAGUGAUAUUCCAGACACUGAGCUGGAGGUUGCAGGGCAGUGUCAUUCUUCAAGAGACAUUUAAACAAACCAAGCCAACAUAACCUGCUCUGUUACCAAGUAUAUUAACUGAUCUUUUUCAUAAGGCUUUUUCCAGUCUGGGUUUUUUGAUGCAGCAGUCUCCCUGGUCGCAAACAAUUUUUUUAGGUCACACAUUCCUACAGGUUUACUUUAAAGGGUUUGGGGUUUUUUGUUUUGGGUUUUUUUUUUGGUUUGGGCUUGGGGGUGUUUAAGUUCUGGUUUGGGUUUGUUGGGUUUUUUUAAUAAUUUAAUGUAAAUGAUGUCUGUCAUUCUGGAGAAAUGACUCAGAUGAUUAGUAAUUGCCUGAUACCCUGUUAAAGCCUAAUCCAUGGGGUAAGUUGCUAGACACACAGCUGCUGCUCGCCAGCCGGGACCUUCUUGAGCUGUCCCUUAGUGAUGUUGCCCUUUUGCUAAGAGUUUGUCACAGAGGCAGGAGACUGAUACUAAUGCUCUAGUUCUUCCUUUUUGUCCUUUUUACCUUUGUUAUGCUUUGCCUUUUUUUUUUUUUUUUUAAAAAAAGUAUAUUACUAGUAUGUACCUGUAGACAGACACCCCCCCCCACACACACACACACCACCACCAGACCCUUUCACUUUGUCAUUUUGUUUUGGUUCAGUCAAGAUUGUUUUUUUUUUUAACUGUGGUAUGUAAUGUGCAUUAGUCCAGUUGUAGUGCAUCUUAAGAGGUCAUUUUUUCUAACAAUAUAUUUACUUCAGCUAUCAAAAUAAAAAGCAAUUUAUGUAGCUACUAAUGAUUCGUAAUUGUGAAGAAAGCUCUUCCCCAUUGAGCCUGUGGAGACACUUUAAAUCAGAUGGAUAGUGCUUGAAUUGUAUUUUCUUGGCCAAAAAAAAAAAUUCACUUUUAAAGGUGCAAAAGAUUAGUUGUGGUUUGGGUUUUUUUUUUUUUUUUUUUUUUGGGUUUUUUUAUUAGUCAAGCGUCAUGUUAAAAAUACACUUACCCUGCUUUCUAUUAAAAAAUAAAUGAGUAGCUAAAAGUG